AUGGAUGAAAGUGAAAAAUCUAAGCGAGACAGAUCCCAAAAUUUUACAAACAGUGAAACCCGAUUACUAGUUGAAUUGGUAUUGAAAAGAGCUGAAAUAUUAGAAAACAAAAAAACCGAUGCAGCCAUGUGGCAUCAAAAGAAUAUCGCUUGGGCUGAAAUUACAAAACAAUUUAAUGCAGAAAGUGGCACAAUUCCUAGAACUGAUAAAAUGUUGAAAACAAAAUAUGAAGGUUUGAAGAGACUUGUAAGAAAAAAACAUGCUAAGAACAAAUAUGAACAAUAUUGGACAGGAGGAGGAACAUUCACUUUUAUUCCCUAUACGGAUUACGAAGAAAAAUUACUUGGUAUUAUAGCCAUAAGUGUCGAGGGAUUACCAUCAAUACAUGAUGGUGAUGAUAGUAAUGCAGUUCCAUCUGCUUCGUUAUCUGUAGAUACAGAUUCCACCGUAGAAAAUGUAGAAGUAGAAAUUAAUAUGUUUGGUACAAAGCAUUCCUUAAGAUGGACAAAUUUAAGUAGUAAUCAGAUACGGAAACCAAUUAAUCCGAAGUUAUUAACAAACAAGAAAAAAGGUGGUGAGAAGGAAAAAUUAAAUGAAAAGUAUAAUUAUAUAGCUGAUACAAGAAAAGAAUUAAUUUCGUUACAAACUAAAAUAGCAGAAAAGGAAUUGGAGUUAAAAAAUAAGAAAAUAGAAUUUGCCACAGCUGAAAAUGAAAGAAAAAGCCAAGAACAUAAUAAAAGAAUGGAGUUAUUACAGUUGCAGAUCGAUAAUUUUUUAGAUUCUAAUCAAUAG